AUAUAAUUUUCGCGGUCUCCACCGUUUGAAUUUCUCUCUUUCUACUUCCACUCCAGACUUAAUCAAACCCUCAUCUCCCAAAAAUCGAAAACCCAAUUUCACUGAAAACCCAAUCAGGGCAAAAGUCCAAAGGAUGAAGACGAAGACGCCAUUGAAUCUGAAGAAGCAGCUCAAGCUCUCUGUUCCUGCUCAAGAAACCAACAUCACCUCAUUCUUGACUGCCAGUGGCACAUUUCAUGAUGGGGGUUUGCUUCUGAACCAGAAAGGGUUGCGGCUUAUCUCCGAAGAAAAGGAGGUCCGACCUUCUGAUAGCAAGGAGCUCAAUGUUGAAUUUUCCUUGGAAGAUCUCGAGACUAUCAAAGUGAUUGGAAAGGGAAGUGGUGGUGUAGUUCAACUUGUUCGCCAUAAAUGGGUAGGAAAACUAUUUGCCUUGAAGGUUAUUCAGAUGAACAUACAAGAGGAAAUUCGUAAACAGAUUGUGCAGGAGCUAAAAAUAAACCAAGCAGCACAAUGUCCACAUGUGGUAGUUUGCCACCACUCCUUUUAUCGCAAUGGAGCAAUUUCUCUUGUGUUAGAAUACAUGGACCGUGGAUCUCUUGCAGAUGUGAUCAGACAAGUUAAGACAAUUCUUGAACCAUAUCUUGCAGUCGUUUGUAAACAGGUUUUACAAGGUCUUGUCUACUUGCACAAUGAAAGGCAUGUAAUACAUAGAGACAUAAAACCAUCCAAUCUGCUAGUAAACCACAAGGGGGAGGUCAAGAUUACUGAUUUUGGUGUGAGUGCUUCACUUGCUAGCUCCAUGGGUCAGAGGGACACAUUUGUUGGUACUUACAAUUAUAUGUCGCCAGAGAGAAUUAAAGGGGGUACUUAUGACUACAGCAGUGACAUUUGGAGUUUAGGCAUGGUGAUACUUGAGUGUGCUAUUGGACGGUUUCCUUACAUGCAAUCUGAAGAUGAACAAAGCUGGCCAAGCUUUUAUGAGCUUUUGGAGGCAAUUGUUGGCAGUCCACCACCUACUGCUCCAUCGGAUCAGUUCUCUCCCGAGUUCUGUUCUUUUGUGUCUGCCUGCAUACAGAAAGACCCUCAACACAGAUCAUCAUCUUUGGAUCUUUUGAGUCACCCAUUCAUCAAAAAGUUUGAAGACAAGGACAUUGAUCUUGAGAUUCUGGUGGGUAGCUUGGAAUCCCCUGUAAAUUUUCCCAGAUAGAUCAUCCUGUAGUAUACUUUUGAGGGAAGAAAAAAAAAUGCAGGUAUUACUACUGCUGCAUUGUAAUAUUUAGUUACUGCCGUGUGGUUUUUUCACUUUUACAAAGUUACAGCUUCUCCAUGCACUGGCUGUAUCAAAACCUUAUAUAUACCUUGUGUUUUCCAUUAUGUCAAAGAAAUGAGUUGCUCUUUUAUUUUCCAUAUUUAA